AUGCCAACCGAUGGGCAGACGUUGAGCUCAUAUGGGGAGUCCAGGUACCCGCGCAAGGCCCUGCUCCGCAAGGUCCUUGGUGGCAAGCAUGCGCGUUCGGACAGAUUUCUUUUCCUCGUGGACUGCCAGCCGUUGCAGCGGAUCGUGUGCGGCCACAUGGAUUUGUUGAACAACGGUUGCAGGCCGGUCAUGCACCGUAUCGUGGACAAUAUCUGCGAGGUUUCCGAGAUUGAGGUUGCUCAGGGGCUCGAAGACCCCUGGGAACUACAGCUGACGCCCCUAGGCCUGGCCCUCGCGGGCCUCGCCUCGGCGGCCAACCUGUCGCCCACCCUCGGCGUGGCGCCAGCGGAUGCCGCCAAAUACUCUGGCAAGACCUUCAAGUGCACUGCCGGCGUGCCGGCAAAGGAGGUCACCCUGCCAGCCUCGGCAGUGAACGACCUCUACUGCGAUUGCCCCGACGGCAGCGACGAGCCGGGGACCGGCGCCUGCGCAGGCCAAGAGAAGACGCUCUUCUUCUGUCCGAACAAGGGCAGCACCGCCCGCACCAUCUACGCCUCACGUGUGGGGGACGGCAUCUGCGACUGCUGCGAUGGCAGCGACGAGGCCGCCCUGGCCUCGCUGCGGCCUGCCCUGGCCUGCAAAAACGUGUGCGCGGAGCAGGGGGCGCGGGAAAAGGAGGAGAUGCAGAGGCGGAUGGAUUCUCUCAAGAGAGGAGUGGCCAAGCGCGAGGAGAUCGCUGCGCAGGCCGUGAAUGACCGCAAGACCUGGCAGAAGGAUGUGGAGCGCUUGCAGGCCGAGCUCCCCGAUAUUGAGAAGUUCCAUGAGGAGGCCAAGGCCGUGGCGGACGCCGAGAGGAAAAAGGAAGACGAGGCCAGGGAGGCCAAGAGGAAGCUGGAGGAAGAGGAGAACAAGGAUUGCUCGCCGGCAUGCAUGUGGCGGCAGACUGGCGGCUGCAAGCCAGAUGGUGAGCGCGAGGAGGCCAAAGACAAGACCUGCACCAGUACUAUCCCGAAAGGGUCGUCCGGGUUCUGCGACUGCGACGGUGACGGCGUCAAGGCCGCGAACGAGAUCGGCUUCGAUUGCGCAGGCGCCGAGAGGAGGUGCUGCCGGCACUGCAAGGCGCCGAAGGACGGGCAGCCCAGCGCCGCCGCGGCCGGCGAGGAGGCGAAGGAGGAGAAAGUCGUCUCCGAGUACACGAAGUGGAUGGACGGUGCCGAGAAGGCUAUGGACAAGGAGGAGAAGGACGUCGGCCAGCCCGCAGACACUCUAUCCCGGGAUGGGGCGCCGCCCGGGGAUGCCCAGGCUGCAGAGGUGGACCGGUCGGGAGUGGUGGGACCCGCUGGCCCCUCCCCGGGUCCGACCCGCGGAGCCAAGUGCAACGUGGCCACGCUGGUGGGCGAGUUCAUGGCUGAGGUGGCUUCUGCCUGCGCCACGUUGAUUUGGGCCGAGGUUACCAAGGAGGAGAAGGUGGUGUCAGAGUACACCAAGUGGAUGGACGGCGCGGAGGCAGCAAUGGGUGACGAGAAGGCAGAGCAAGUUGCCGAGGAGACCGGCGGGAAGGACCCGCAGCAUGUAAAGAAGCUCAUCGACACACACUACCGCAAAGGCAUUGUGUGGUUCAAGGACACCCGGGUCGCCGAGUGGGACGACAAAGAGAAGAAGAUGAUCUUGAUCGGUGACGCGCAGACGUUCCAGGGCAAGCUCGACGAGCUCAUGAAGCACGACUUCAACGUGGACCCAACCCCCAAGGUGGUGGAGGCGGCUGUGGAGACCGGGAUCAAGAAUUUGCAGAAGAAGAUCGAGGCUAUGUCUGACGACCACCUCGGCUACGCGUCGCUCGCUGGCAAGACGCUCUCGAGGCAGACUGGCGAGUUCGAGUACAAGGUUGCCUUCUUCGACAGCGCGAAGCAGGGCAGCACCUCCCUUGGCAGGCGGCCGCGCCCUCCCGGCGCCGUGCCUGGGCGCGCGCCCGGGGCCAGCCUGCGAGCCCAGAGGACGAGCGAGAGUGUGCGAACGUUCACAGACGGUGAGCGUCUUGAAGACGUCAAGAAGCGUGUGAUCUUCGCUGUCUUCGGCUUCCGGGGGGCCGUGGACCGCCUCCAGCCCAUCCUAGGCGUCCCGGUCGUGCGCCACGUCGCCGCCGAGGUGGCCACAGGCGCCGCAGCCCUCGCCGACCCCCUCCCCGCGCGCCGCGCGGGGAUGGCGCCCUCGGCGGCGGACGGGGCGGCCAGCCAGGCGGCGCGGGUGGAGGACCCUGCCGCCGCCCUCCGCCAGCUUUCGGACGCGCUGCAGCAGCUCGCGCCGCGGCUGGCCCCGGUGCCCUUCGCAGCCCCUCCCGCCGCUUUGGCGCUCGGACGCCUCUACGGCGCCGACUGCGGCAAGGAGCUGCGAGGCCUGGAGGAUAGCAGCUCGCCCUGCAGCAUCUGCGGCGCCGACCGCGAGGAGAGCGCGUGGAGCAUGGACUGGUCCGCGGACUGCGCGAGACGGUCAAUGUCGCCCCUCAGGUGCGCCCUGGUGUGCGGUCCGUGCGGCAAGAUCCGGGACCUGCCGCGGCUCGUCGAGCGGCUCACGAGGCAGCUCGUGCCCUUGGGCGGGCAGGAGGGCGCUGCGGCGCAGGACGGAGACGCAUUAUUGCAGCAUUUCCUGAGGGUGAACGGCCACGACGCGGCAGAGGUGCACAAGCUCCAGGAUGCCGUCUCCGUGGCGCACGCCAUGAUGGUCAUUCACAAGGAGCUCCGCCUCAAGAUGCUGGCGGGCCCCGAGCUGCAGGACCUGCUGGGGCGAUCGCCGCGCAGUGACAGUGCCGUGACUGGCAAGAGGGCCAAGGAGCCUGCCAGAGCCGGCGACGGGGUCCGCGCGGGAGGCAACCCGAAGAAGCGGAGGAAGCCGGGCGCGGCGUGA